GCCGUCGUUGUGUCCUCAGAAUCUCUCACACCAAACAUCAUCUACAGAAUCAUGCAUCUCGCACAAAACACCACACAAGCCAACGGCGCAACAAAUUACGGCAAAGAUGUUGUGGAAGGGAUGAGAAAAGAAGAAAAGAUCGAGCAAGCGGCAGUCCGGAAGCUCUCAGACAAGCAGGACCAUGUUCUGAAGUCUUUCAGAUUGCUGAUCGCAGAUCUGUGCCAACAGUUCAGUGGCGGACACCCGGGAGGUGCGAUUGGUAUGGCCGCGAUAGGAGUUUCACUCUGGAAAUAUGUCAUGCGCUAUGCGCCGCACACACCGACUUACUUCAACCGCGACCGAUUCGUCCUGUCCAAUGGCUACAAGGCUAUGACCUUAGAUCAGCUGAAAUCCUACCACUCCGACCGCGUCGACGCGCUGUGCCCCGGCCACCCAGAGAUUGAGCAUGAGGGAAUUGAGGUGACAACAGGACCUCUCGGUCAGGGUGUAGCAAAUGCUGUUGGUCUGGCAAUGGCUACCAAAAAUCUGCAGGCGACCUACAACAAGCCAAAUUUCGACAUCGUUUCCAACCACACAUGGUGUAUGAUUGGCGAUGCGUGUCUGCAGGAGGGCGUAGCGUUAGAGGCGAUCUCUUUUGCAGGCCACGUCAAGCUGAACAACCUUACCAUCAUAUACGAUAACAACCAGAUCACUUGCGACGGCAGCGUCGACCUUACAAACACCGAGGAUGUCAACGCGAAGAUGCGCGCAUGCGGGUGGGAUGUGAUUGACAUUGAGGAUGGUUGUUUCGACAUUGAGGGUAUCGUGAGCGCGCUCAACAAAGCACGGGCUUCCACCGACAAGCCAACCUUCAUCAAUGUCCGCACUGUCAUCGGUCUCGGCAGUGCCGUAGCUGGUGAUGCAGUUGCUCACGGAGCUGCUUUUGGUACUGCUGAUGUUGCUAACAUGAAGAAGUUAUACAACUUCAACCCUGAGGAGCACUUUGUUAUCAGCAACACCGUUCGCGAGUUCUUUGCAGACCUCCCAUCAAGAGGCCAGGAGCUGGUCCAGUCCUGGGAGAAAAAGGUGCAAGAGUACGAAGCCAAGUACCCUGAGCUUGGUGCUGAGUUCUGGAACCAAGUUGAAGGCCGUCUUCCAGAGAACUGGAAGGACCUCCUUCCCAGCUCGUUCCCUGAUCAGCCCACAGCCACAAGAAAGUCGUCUGGUCUGGUGUUCAACCCCAUUGCGCAGAAGGUUAAGAACUUCAUGGUCGGUACUGCGGAUCUCUCCCCUUCGGUCAACAUGAUCUGGAAGGACAAAGUCGACUUCCAACAUCCCGAUCUGAAGACGACUUGCGGUAUCACCGGUAACUACAGCGGCCGAUACAUCCACUAUGGUGUGCGUGAACAUGCCAUGUGUGCCAUCUCCAAUGGAUUGGCUGCUUUUGCUCCCAACACAUUCAUCCCCGUGACAUCAUCUUUCUUCAUGUUCUACCUGUAUGCAGCACCAGCAGUUCGCAUGGGAGCUCUGCAGCACCUGCAGGUCAUCCACGCAGCGACACACGACUCGAUCGGCAUGGGUGAAGACGGCCCAACUCAUCAGCCUAUUGAGCUGGCCAAUCUUUACCGGGCGAUGCCAAAUCUCUUGUACAUUCGACCAGCAGACAGCGAAGAGACAGCUGGCGCUUGGAUUACAGCCAUCGAGGCCAAGAACACACCGACCAUCAUCUCGACAUCGAGACACACGUUGCCACAGCUGUCGCAAACUCGGCGCGAUUUGGUAGGAAAGGGUGGCUACGUCAUUGAGGAAGUCGAAGACGCCGAUGUGACAUUGAUUGGUGUCGGUGCUGAGCUGUGCCAUGCGAUCGACACAGCAAAGGAGCUGAAGACAAAGAACAUUAAAGCUCGCGUUGUCAGCUUUCCAUGCCAGCGUCUGUUCGAUGCUCAGCCCAUCCAGUACAAGCGGGAUACAUUACGCAGACACAAAGGCAUUCCAGCCAUCGUCAUCGAGCCUUACGCGCCAAAUGGAUGGGAGAGGUAUGCUGAUGCCGCAGCCUGCGUGAAGCGUUUCGGACACAGUCUCCCAGGUAAGGCAGCGUACAAAUAUUUCGGUUUCGAUACCCCGGCGCUGGUGAAGAAGGUGGAGAGUUACCUGCAACAGGUAAUCGAUGACCCGCUCCUGCGCCGUGAGUUUGUCGACUUGUAAGCAGACGGUGUUACCGGCAUUCGAAAAGUAAGAGUUUGUAGCGUGCAGAAGUAAUGACAUUGAGUUUC